AUGAGGCGUCCGGGCGGACUGGCUUCUAAGCCAUUCAUCCUAUUCGUGCUGUUUUUUUGUCUGCUACUUUUAACCAGUCAAGUGGCAGCCCAACAGACCACAAACGAACCAUCUGGUGAUUCAAGGCCUGGUAAUACAAGAACAGAGAAUCCCAACCCAGAUAAUACAGGCGCGAAUAGUCCAAAGCCUGAAGAGACAACAAAUGCUCCAAAUCCAAAUCCCACCCCGGUUUCUACAACAGAAGGCAGCACAGGAGCCAGCACAGGAGCCAGCACAGAAGCCAGCACAGAAGCCAACACGUCACCACAGACUGAGACCCCCAAGGACACAGAAACAGUUGUCCUUCCAACAAUUUCAUCAGAGGCUAGUAGCACUACGAGCAGCUCCAAUCCCACAGAAACAAACACUUCUGACCUUUCUUCUAUGAGCAUGCCUCCGCUAUUCCCAACACCUACACCUCAAGUACCCCCAUCAGAAGGAGCCCCAUAUCUCCAUAGGUCAGGUUUACCGGAGAACACGAUUUUCAUAGCAGUGGGUGCCGCGCUUGGCGUAUUUGGUGUCGCAGUUUUUGCAUGGAGAGCUCUGGUGGCUUGGUCAAUUAACCGCUCGGUCCGUCGCGCUGCCAUCCGUCCAAACAACACAGAUGCCACUGCUCUCCUCAACAAGCGGAAGUCUGGCAUCUAUCGCCAGCCACCCGGAGCAGCCAUGUCGAUGGAGAAAUUGGGCACCAAUGUACGCCAUUCUACCUUGGGCCCAAGAAACCAUACACCAAACUCCAGUCUCUUCUUUUCUCCAACUGCAGGUGCGGGCAUGCAUUCUUCUGGAAACAAAGGAUCUGGCUACCUCCCCGCAGGCUAUUAUGCUGCCGGCUCUACUGUUCCUGGAGGCGGACCGGGGCUGGCGCACGCUGGACAAUCAAUAGGGCUAUCGCCUCUAGGCCCCCAGGCACAGG